UUGGCCCAUUGAGUCAGCAAUAACCCUACAAAAACAUCCCACCGUAACCUCACAUCCACCAUGGCUAAUCUCCGUAGCCUGCAUGUCAUUGAACUGUGGAAGGAAACCCACACAAAAAGAGGGAGAGCUCGUGCAGAUUCAAUACCGUCAUCCAAGGCUGGAAUCGAACCUGAAUACCUGGCGCUAUGAAGCAGCAGUAUUGACCACUGUGCCACCCAAAUAAUACUACUUUAACAGGAACACCUUAUUUUGAUAACAACCAGCUGACAGAAUGUCACCCAAAACUAUGGAACCAUUCGUGAGACGACUCUUUAGGGGAGUUUUAAUCGUGGAGGUUGCAGGAGUAAUUGGAGCAUACUGGCUGUUUCAUAGGAUGAAUACCAGUCAAGAGUUCAGACAUUCCAUAAACAAAAGAUUUCCUUCUAUUUUGGAAGUUUAUUAUAAAUCCAAUGAGUGGGCAGGAAUUUAUGGAAUCAGAGAACAGGAUCAGGAAACAUGGUCCAACAAGUAACCAGUAAAUACUUUCCUGGCCUUGAAUUUGUUCUUCUGCUUACGUAACGUCCGUGCGUCUUUGCCUCUGAUCCACGCAUCACGUUCGGCUUCCCACUGUAGCUGCUUUAUACCUGGAGAAAUAGCAUGUUGAUAUUCUUCACUGAGCCACCAUGUAAUUUCCAAAUGGAAAAGCUUUGACAAUAGAUAAUUUAAUGGCUAGUAUCUAGCCAAUGGGAGUUAUAUCUUGACUAUUCAAAUAAAGCAUGAAAUCAGAUGUUAAA